CAGGAGCUGGCGGACACCCUGGACCGUGUGCGGGGCUCUGGGGAUCUCAAGGGGCUCGUGGAGGAGCUGAGCGCCCUGGAGCAGCACCUGGCCCAGGUGCUGGAGGCAGACAGGUCCUUCUCCACACCCUGGAAGAAGCCAUCCAAGGUGGAGAAGGAGAGCAAGUGGCACAAGCAGCAUGGUGCCAGGGGAUCCCCCCAUGAGCAGGAGAGGAGAGAGCAGGGCAAGCCCCACAAGAAGGAGCCCCGAGCCCCCCGUGAGCACAAGCCAGGCAAAACCUGGGGGAAGCCAUCUCACAGCCACCCCCGGCGUGAUUCCCACGACCUGCCCUGGCUCAAGCGGUACCGGGCACCCCAGGGCUGCUCUGGGGUGACUGACUGUGCCCACAAGGAGGGCCGGGAAGUGCUGGGGGUUGCCCUGGAGCCGGUGCAGAAGGUGCAGUUCCUGCAACUGCUGGAGAGCUUCAUGGGGCAGCUGGGCUUGGGGAGACAAUUUGGGAGGUUGGCACCGCAGCUCGAUGGCGCCUUCAGGGCCGACGGUGUCUUUGCCCACGACCGCCUGCGGUUCGUGGAUUUUGUGGAUGAUGUGGAAGAUCUGCUGGAGGAUGUGGCGUGGCAGGAGCAGGGUGACAAGAAGGCGGCUGACGGCUUUGAGGAGUUCAUGCUGCGGCACUACAGUGGCACCUCCGGGAACAUGUGGAGCCAGAGAGCCCCAAGGCAGCAUGGCACACGUGGGUAGAGCCAGGGGGGCAUUUGUGUGCCAGCACUCCCACACAAGGGCUCCCCACAUGCUGUUUAUGGGGUCUAGGGGUGCCCACACCCUGUAGGGCCAAGUAGGGCCACAUCCCUAACCAAAUGCACUGUGUGACGCUGCACUGCCACCUUGAAUAAAGUCACUGCUGGGCAGA